GGUGAGCUCCGUUGAAGCUACUACCAGAUCGGCGGCCUUUUCCAACAUGGCCAAAGCCCCACCGUCCUCUCGCAGUCCAAUGACCAAGGAGUCCACGAAGCUUCUCUCGAAGUCUGAUACAGGCGGUGUUUCUCGCCAUGCAACGCGUCCUACCACUGCUGGACCUGGUACCGGAUCUCAGACCACCAGCCGCGUCGUGAAAUCGCGUUCAACUCAGACUUCCUCGUCGCCAGUCGCAACAAUGUCUUCAAAAGCCCAAGAGAAAAAGGAUAUUCGACAAGCAUGCGAUGAGAUCCUAAAGACAGCGGAAGAAGAUAUUGAGCGACUGAACAAAGAAAUUAAACGGCUUAACGAGGAGAAGGACAAACAGACACGCUACUAUACCCGGGUAGUACAUCGGCUCAAUGCCGACAAAGCCCGUGAGGCUGACCAACUCCGCGAAUCUACUGCAAAGCUGGAGCGUGCCAUUUCUACGAGCCAGAAACUCGAGAACGAGGUUUCUCAGCUUAGGCGGGAGCUUCGCGACGCCCAGAUCAACACCCCGGAGGUUGUUGCUUGGGUCGAGGUCCAGCCGAUCCUGGAUCAAAUACGAGGCUUUAUAUCGACCGGUAACACCACAUGGAAUGAGAUCCAAGCUUUGGAGAACAGACAUAUGAGAAAACAAUUACCGGGAGAUGCAGUGAUUCAGGAGCCGUGGUCGAACACCAAUGUACAGUUCGGGAUGUUAGACCCGACUUCUCUGUCAAGCUUUCCAGUUCAAAACAACUUUGCGCUGAACGCUCACCAAGUCCCACCGCUCCCCGGCCAGUAUGCGUCUUUGUCCUGA